CCCCCCCUUAAACUCCGCGUCCACCCGCACACGCCCAACUCGGUCGCCCGCUCCCGUUCAGCCCGGCUCGAAGCCAUGGCGGGACCUGGGGGCUGGAGAGACAAGGAGGUCACGGAUCUGGGCCACUUGCCGGAUCCGACUGGAAUAUUUUCACUAGAUAAAACAAUUGGCCUUGGUACUUAUGGCAGAAUCUAUUUGGGACUCCAUCAAAAGACUGGUGCAUUUACAGCUGUUAAAGUGAUGAAUGCUCGUAAGACCCCUUUACCUGAAAUAGGAAGGCGAGUGAGAGUGAAUAAAUAUCAGAAAUCUGUCGGGUGGAGAUACAGUGAUGAGGAAGAGGAUCUCAGGACUGAACUCAAUCUUCUGAGGAAGUACUCUUUCCACAAAAACAUUGUAUCCUUCUAUGGUGCAUUUUUCAAGCUGAGUCCCCCUGGCCAGAGGCACCAACUUUGGAUGGUGAUGGAGUUAUGUGCAGCAGGCUCAGUCACUGAUGUAGUGAGGAUGACCAGAAAUCAGAGUUUAAAAGAAGAUUGGAUUGCUUAUAUCUGCCGAGAAAUCCUUCAGGGCUUAGCUCACCUUCAUGCACACCGAGUAAUUCACCGGGACAUCAAAGGUCAAAAUGUGCUACUGACUCAUAAUGCUGAAGUAAAACUGGUUGAUUUUGGAGUGAGUGCCCAGGUGAGCAGAACUAAUGGAAGGAGAAAUAGCUUCAUUGGGACACCAUACUGGAUGGCACCUGAGGUGAUUGACUGUGACGAAGACCCAAGACGCUCCUAUGAUUACAGAAGUGAUGUGUGGUCCGUGGGAAUCACUGCUAUUGAAAUGGCUGAAGGGGCUCCUCCUCUGUGUAAUCUUCAGCCCCUGGAAGCCCUCUUCGUUAUUUUGCGGGAAUCUGCUCCCACAGUCAAAUCCAGCGGAUGGUCCCGCAAGUUCCACAAUUUCAUGGAAAAAUGCAUGAUAAAAAAUUUUUUAUUUCGUCCUACUUCUGCAAACAUGCUUCAUCACCCAUUUGUUCGGGAUAUAAAAAAUGAACGACAUGUUGUUGAGUCAUUAACAAAGCAUCUUACUGGAGUCAUUAAAAAAAGACAGAAAAAAGGGAUACCUCUGAUCUUUGAAAGAGAAGAAGCUAUUAAGGAACAGUACACCAUGAGAAGAUUCAGAGGACCCUCUUGCACUCAUGAGCUUCUGAGAUUGCCAACCAGCAGCAGAUGCAGACCACUUAGAGUCCUGCAUGGAGAACCUUCUCAGCCAAGGUGGUUACCUGAUCAAGAAGAGCCACAAGUCCAGGCACUUCAUCAACUACAGGGAGCAGCCAGGGUGUUCAUGCCACUAAAGGCUCAGGACAAUGCACCUAGGCCUCUACAAGGGCAAGCUCGGGCACCUCGACGACUACAAGGGGCAGCUCAGGUUUUCAUGCCACUACACACUCGGGUUAAGGCUAAGGCAUCUAGGCCUCUACAGAUGCAGAUUAGGGCACCUCCACGACUAUGGAGGGCAGCCCGAGUGCUCAUGCCACUACAGGCUCAGGCUAAGGCACCUAGACCUCUACAGGUACAGGCCCAGGUAUCCAAAGGGCAGCAGGACCAGGCCCAGGCCUCAGAACAGACACAAGAUCUAGACCAGGUGCCAGAGGAAUUUCAGGGGCAAGAUCAGAUACCUGAACAACACCAAAGGCAGGGCCAGGCACCUGAACAACAGCAGAGGCUGAACCAGGUACCUGAACAGCAGCUGGAACAGAACCAGGCACCUGAACAACCAGAGGUACAGGAAGAGGCCGUUGAGCCUGCAGAAGCAGAGACAGAGGCGGAGGAACCUGAGUCCUUACGCGUGCAUGCCCAGGUGUUCCUGCCCCUCCUGUCACAGAACCACCAUGUGCUGUUGCCACUACAUUUGGAUACUCAGGUGCUCGUUCCCAUAAAGGGGCAAACAGAAGGGUCACCUCAGGCACAGGCCUGGGCCCUAGAGCCCCCACAGGCAGUUGGCUCAGUUCAAGCACUAAUAGAGGGAUUAUCAAGAGACUUGCUUAGAGCACCGAACUCCCAUAACUCAAAGCCACUUGGUCCACUGCAAACCCUGAUGGAAAACCUGUCGUCAAACGUGUUUUACUCUCAACCAGAACAGGCACAGAAGAAAAAAUCAAAAGUUUCUAGUCUAAGGCAGGCACUAGCAAAAAGACUGUCACCAAAGAAAUUUAGGGCAAAGUCAUCACAGAGACCUGAAGAGCUGGAAUUCUCAGAUCUAGAAGCCCACAGGCGAAGGCACCAACGCAGAUGGGAGGAUAUCUUUAAUCAGCAUGAGGAGGAAUUGAGACAAAUUGAAAAUGACAAAGAAGAUGAGUCAUCAAACCAUGAAGUAUUUCAUCCGAUUCAGGCUGAAGUUGAAAUAGAACCUCUGGAGCCAUAUGUUCCGAAUCCUAAAGCAAAUGAGGUCCCAGAAAGAUCUACAUCUAUGCCUUACAACCAGGAUCAUGCACAAGAUGUCAAGCUCUCUUCAAGUGUUCCUCAGCGGUCUAUUUUGGAGCAAGCUCAGAAGCCCACUGACAGCAGACAGAGGAGUUCGCAAAAUCCUCAGAAUUUCGCAGCAGCAUCAGAAUCUUCUUCUGAGGAAGAGAGUCCUGUGACCAGGAGGAGGUCUCAGUCAUCACCACCAUAUUCUACCAUUGAUCAGAAGUUGCUGAUUGACAUCCAUGUUCCAGAUGGAUUUAAAGUAGGAAAAAUAUCACCCCCUGUAUACUUGACAAAUGAAUGGGUAGGCUAUAAUGCACUCUCUGAAAUCUUCCGGAAUGAUUGGUUAACUCCUGCACCUGUCAUUCAGCCACCUGAAGAAGAUGGUGAUUAUGUUGAACUCUAUGAUGCUGGUGCUGGUACUGAUGGUGAUGAUGGUGAUUCUAAUGAUGCUUAUGAAGAUACUUAUGACCAUGCCAAUGGUAAUAAUGACUUGGAUAACCAGGUUGAUCAGGCUAAUGAUAUAUGUGAAGAACAUGAAGAUGAUGACAACAAUGAUGAAUCUGUUGAUGAUGAAGACAAUAAUUGUGAUGAUGCGCCUAGUUGGCCAAGGGCAAGCUAUGGCAGAGAUGAAAGCUGCAAGCAAGAUGGCAGUGAUGGAAGUAACGGAAAAGAAGGAGUCUGCAGAGGUUAUGGAAGCCAGAGAGCCAGUAGAAGCCAUGAAUGCAGUGCAGCCAGUGGGGGCAAUGCAGCCUUUAGAGAUGAGGAAGGACACAGAGCCAAUAUAGACAGUGGAAGAAGAGGCAGCGGGGGUAAUGGAGGUAAGGGAAUCAGUGGAACCAAUGAAGAAAGUGGAGCCUUUGAACUCAAUGGAGGAGAAAUUUGCUCAGAGACAGAUGGUCCAGGAUUGGAGAGACCCUCAUCCCAGGACUUUGAACAUCAAGAGGAGGCAGGUGGUGUAAGUGAGGCCUCAAACAACAUUGCCUUAGGUGCUGCACCCUCAGCACCUAAUGACAAGAAUGAGAGUACAGACAUACUGGAAUCAUCAACACAACUGGGUUUUUCUGCCAGCCACUCAUCUCCUUCCAAAGGUUUUGGGGGAGCUGCUGAUGCUGACUUCGCCAGUGCAAUCUUAUAUGCUGGAUUCGUGGAAAUAACUGAGAAAUCACCUAAGCAACCCUCUGAAGUCAAUGUUAACCCACUCUAUGUCUCUCCUGCAUGCAAAAAACCACUAAUCCAUAUGUAUGAAAAGGAAUUUACUUUUGAGAUCUGCUGUGGUUCUUUGUGGGGAGUCAAUUUGCUGUUGGGAACCCGAUCUAAUCUGUAUCUGAUGGACAGAAGUGGAAAGGCAGACAUUACUAAACUUAUAAAGCGAAGACCCUUCCGCCAGAUUCAAGUCGUAGAGCCACUCAAUUUGCUGAUUACCAUCUCUGGACAUAAGAACAGACUUCGGGUGUAUCAUUUGACCUGGCUGAGGAACAAAAUUUUGAAUAAUGAUCCAGAAAGUAAAAGAAGGCAAGAGGAAAUGCUAAAGACGGAGGAAGCCUGCAAAGCUAUUGAUAAGUUGACAGGCUGUGAACACUUCAGUGUCCUCCAGCAUGAAGAAACAACAUAUAUUGCAAUUGCUUUGAAAUCAUCAAUCCACCUUUAUGCAUGGGCACCAAAGUCCUUUGAUGAAAGUACUGCUAUUAAAGUAAUAUGCAUUGAUCAAUCAGCAGACUCGGAAGGAGACUACAUGUCCUAUGAAGCCUAUAUACGAAUACUGGCAAAAAUACAGGCAGCUGAUCCAGCUAACCGGUUUAAGAGACCAGAUGAGCUCCUUCAUUUGCUGAAACUCAAGGUAUUUCCAACACUUGGUCAUAAGCCAGUGACAGUUGACCUGGCUAUUGGUUCUGAAAAAAGACUAAAGAUUUUCUUCAGCUCAGCAGAUGGAUAUCAUAUCAUUGAUGCAGAAUCUGAGGUUAUGUCUGAUGUGACCCUGCCAAGUAACAAUAUCAUCAUUUUGCCUGAUUGCUUGGGAAUUGGCAUGAUGCUUACCUUCAAUGCUGAAGGCCUCUCUGUGGAAGCAAAUGAACAACUCUUCAAGAAGAUCCUUGAAGUGUGGAAAGACAUUCCAUCUUCUGUAGCUUUUGAGUGUACACAGCGAACCACAGGAUGGGGCCAAAAGGCCAUUGAAGUGCGCUCUUCGCAAUCAAGGGUUCUGGAAAGUGAACUGAAGCGCAGGUCAAUUAAGAAGCUGAGAUUUUUGUGCACCCGAGGUGACAAGCUGUUCUUUACCUCUACCCUGCGCAAUCGUCACAGCCGGGUUUACUUCAUGACCCUUGGAAAACUUGAAGAACUCCAAAGCAAUUAUGGUGUUUAAAAGUUUCCAAUGAUUUAUUACAACAUUGACAAACAUCACGUAUAUGCAAUUUGCAUCUUCAGAUUUCUGAGAUUAAAUGAUCAUUCAUUUUUAUUGUUAGGGAAAAAUUAAAUCAGAAACUUAACUUUUAAUGUAGUACAGAAUAGUUUCAAUAAGAAAUGCAGCAUUAUAUAUAAAAUAACUAUAGCAAGCUCUAUGUACUCCAAUGGUGUACAAUAUUUUUUGCACAAACUUUGUAACUUUUGUUACUGUGAAUUCAAACAUUACUCUUUGGACAGUUUGGACAGUAUCUGUAUUCAGAUUUUAUAACACGGAGUUGAGAAAUCUGUUAUGAAUUAGAUUACAAGCAGCUUUCGAAGAAAUUGACCCCGAAUAAGAUUUUUCAGUAAAAGAAAAAUAUCAACAAACCAUAUGUGGUUUUUCCAAAGUCAUAUAAAAAACUAAAGAUCAUGAGACAAAAAUAGUAAGGUGUAUGUUAUAACCCAGACUAAGGUUGAACAACCUGCAUGCCCAGAGGAGAAAACUACGGGGAUAAAGGCGAAAAGAUCACCCAUUGCCUCACUGCUCCAUGACAAUUAAGGUGACAGACUAGCUGUGUUCUUUUCCCCCAUAUUAAGCUGGUUUUUCUCCCGGUAAGAAGAAAGGAAGAAAGCCUCAGCUGUUUGGUUUUCCUCAGAACCCCCAAAGAUGUGCAAUAGCUGUUUUCACAAACCACCAAGUAAUAAUACACUUGCAAGCCUGAAUACAGGACUGAACUCCUAUACACAUGUACUGUAGAAUGAGGUUUUUGUUGUUUUUUUUUUAAUACUUUAAAGUAGGCGUCAAAUUCUACCCCCAAGGACAGAUUGGUUGAUUUGUCAAAAUUAUUUUCUGGCCAACAAUGUGACAAUGAGACAGCAUCAAAUAUUUGCCCAAUUUCAGAUAAAACUAAAUAAAAAUUUCCCUCCAGUUAUUAAACAAAAACAAAACAUAACAAUGAAAAAACAUUGACUGAUAAUACUUGUGUUUUUCAUGUUUCUAUUUCUAUAAAAUCAGAAAUCAAUCUAAAAAUAUUUCAGUCUAUAUGUAGGGGCUUAAUGUUGUAGGUAAAAAAUAAAAUAAAAAGAUUUUGAAAAAAAAUACAACUUUCAUCAUAUAUCUAAUUCUGCAAAAUUAGAAUAGUGAAAGUCAUGCUAGUCCAUCACCCAAAUAUGUUAUAGACGCCAUAGACAGGUGAUGUGUGGUCGCCUAUGGUAACUGCUACCUGGUGAAAAGCAUAAUUUCUGCACAUCCAUCCUCAAUACCAUGGUUAGUUCUGUGGCAAUAGGAAAGCAACAGAACUACCACAAAGUAUACCUCAGUAUAAUUCCUCUAGUUCUGCUCCUAAAAUAUAAAGACAGUGCUAGUGGGAUAAUAAUUUUCAAACUACCUGGUUAACCAAAAUACAAAAGCAGCUGACUAUGUGUGAUUUCAUGGUAGCACAUCAUUUCUUGGCAUCUUGGUGCCAGAAAUGAAGAUUGGAUUUUCCUAACAAAUAUCAAGAGUGUAGUAGCUCAAUUUGAGAAUUUAGGAGAACCUGAGUCCAUGAAUCAGAGAAAUGUGAUUCACAUUUCUGUUACUGUGACACAAUAAUGUGAUCCUAAAACUGGCUUAUUCUUGAGUGUUUACAACUCAAAUUACUUUUUAAAUGCAGUAGUUUAAAAAUAAAACAAACUUUUAUGUCAAAUUAUAUCCUUAGAAGUAGUCUUCAUUAUUAUAAAUUUGUACACCAAAAGGCCAUGGGGAACUUUGUGCAAGUACCUCAUCACUGAGCAAAUGGAGCUUGCUAUAUUUGAAUUUUCAGAAAAUUUUCUCAUUUAAGUAGUGUGUAGAAUCGUCUUUUAAGAUUUUUUUUCUUCUUCAUAAUAUUUACUCAAAGUUAAGCUUAAGAUAUAAGUUUUAUCUUAAAAUCAUAUUUUUAAGGCAGUAAGACAAUAUAGUACUAUAGGAAGUCAACUCUCAUUGUGCUUUGUGGCAGUUAUUCCAGUAAUCAUAGGCAAUAGUGAACUGAAUCUAUAAAGAUGUCCCAGAGUAACCAGGCAAGUGAGAUUGUAAAUGUGUAACUGAGCUUUAAAGGAUAAAGUGUUGACGAAUAAAGGAAGCUGGUCACACAUCAGGAAGGGAAGAUUGAUAUGCUGAGUAGCCAAAUAGAAAGGAAUGAAAAUAUUUAAGGUGGUUCAUAUGUAAUGAAUGUUUCUGAUUUAGAUGUAAGUACAUCUGGAAUCUUUAAAUCUUUUGCCAGCUAAAACAAGAAAGUGAAGGGACAAUAAAAGUUUAUAGUCAAUGUACUUUGUAACAGAAGAAAUUAUGUACACACUUGACCUUGUAGCAGCAGCACAUGGAAGCCCAAGCCCAUCACAGAAGUAUAGAGGGGGAUUCCUGAUAAGCCAAUUUCCCUAGCCCUAUGAUUUGAAGCAUGAAAGUUCUGGUAGGUCAUGAGCAGCCCUGAGAAUAGAGUACAGUUUUAUUUUAGUAUAAUUUAGUUUUUUCACCAAAGCCCUUGUCCAAAGUAAAAGGCAUUAUUGGAAAUAUUUGAAAACUAGGAUAUUAUGGAUGAAAAGGGCAAAGAAAAAUUCUGAAUGAUUAAGUCAGUUGAAGUAAGGUAGGAUCCUUAGAGGGAAUAGUAAGAAGAGAUCAUCCUUAAGAUAGUAAACAGGCAAAGCAGAAUCACACACACACACACACACACACACACACACACACACACACACACACACUAGAAUGCAUAAAUUUUAAUAUUUUCAGUGCUACCAGUUUCCAGAUAAAUGAAUCACUGUUUUCUGCCAAGAUUCAUUUAGUUGAGAUGGUAUGCACAAAACUAGGAAUAAUGCCACACACAUUCAAUGGGAUGUUUCAUGUACUCUUCAGUUUGUUUUGAGAAACGUGCCUGUUUAAAUCAAUUUGUAUUCUGUCUGUACUCAAAAAAAAUAUUGAAACAAUUUUGAGACUGGCAAUCGCUUCAUUAGAAAGUCUGCAAUAAAUCAUUGUUCAACUCUAAAAAUAAAAAUUUUAAAAAUUA